UUAGUAACCGCACAUUCUUUCAUCCAUGUUAGUUCUUUUUUAGGUGGAAAUUUUUAAUAUUCUUUUACGAUAAAAUAUCUAUCUUUACUUGGCUUAUCAAAAAUUUGUUUGUCAAAAUUGUUUCGACGUAAUCUAUUAUUUUAUUAAAAUGUUUGCUUUAUCUGUUAUCUGCAAUUGAUGCCAUUUUAUGAUUCAUCAUGGAAACCAAUGGAAUGAAACCCGUCACUUUCGAUAUUAGAAAAGAAAAGAGAUUUCAAGCAAAGAAAAGGAAACUGGAAGCCCUCCUUAACCUUUUUCAAGAGGAAGACAAAUCUCUAACCAUAUCAAAUAAAAAGAAAACCUCUACCACUCUUCAAGAGGACUAUAAAACUCUCAAAGACGAAUUGAAAAAAUAUACAAGAAAACCAGACAUGGAACCAGGCUUUUACCUUACAGAUACUGGAUAUAAAUCUCUGUUAAGAUUAAAAGAUAAAAAGCUGUCGAAAAAUGUAAAGCCUUUAUUUGUGAAAGAUAUCUAUCAAGUUCUCCUUAAAUCUGUUAUUGGUCAUAUGUCACCUUAUUCGAAUAUUAAAUGGUCAAAAUUAGAACAACCACAAAACAUUGUUAAAACUGUCUUUUUAGUCAUUGAAGGCCUUCCUAAAAAAGUUGUUCUACAGAAUAGAACUUCUCUUUCAAACCUUACUGAAAUUUUUCCCUUUGUAUUUGAUAUUGCUUCUUCGAAUUUACCGUUCCCUCAAGAGUUAACCACAUUGCACAAAGUGACUCAUUUUCACAUAGAAAAUGGAAAUUCUUAUUCUUCUAUGUUCCCAAGUAAAAAGUCUGUUCAAGUUAAAUCGGAUGAGAAUUUACAGAAACCUUCUAAAGUUCAUUUGCUGCUCAGCCCAAUUCAAUUGGUAAUGGAGAAUUAUCCUUUACCUAAAAGUGUGUUUGAAUACUCUAAAAGUGAUAAUUAUUCUUAUUCAAAGGAGAAAUAUGUUCCGGUUACUGCUAACUCUCCACUGUUUGCCUUGGAUUGUGAAAUGUGUCGUACUGAUAAGUCCAAUUCUGAACUAACUCGAAUUGCUGUAGUUAAUGAAAAUCAUGAAGUUGUUUAUCACUCAUUAGUUAAACCAAAAGCCAAAAUUAUUGAUUACUUAACUAAAUUUAGUGGUAUUACAAAAAGUAUGUUAAGUGGUGUUAAAACUAGAUUGGAAGAUGUUCAAAGAGAACUAAGAGCUAUUCUGCCAUCAGAUGCAAUCCUUUGUGGCCAGUCUUUGAAUUGUGAUUUGCACGCGCUUAAAAUGAUUCAUCCAUAUGUUAUAGACACUAGCAUAAUAUUUAAUUGUAGUGGAAUACGUCAUAAAAAAGACUCAUUGAAAUAUCUGUCAAUGGUUCAUCUAAAUGAAAAUAUUCAGGGCAGUAAAAUGGGUCACAGUCCAGUCGAAGAUGCUUUGGCGACUAUGAAAUUGGUUCAGUUAAAACUGAAUAACACUAUUAGUUAUGGUGAUCUCUGCAUUGGUGAUGGUAUUGCUUCGAAUAAUGUAGAAAAAGAUAUUGAUAUUAAGUUUUCAGGAGAAAGUAAACAAUGUAAUGAGGAAGAAAAUGGAGUAGUAAUUAGUGAGAAAACAGAUGAGAAUGAAAAUAAAGAGCAACUUGGAAUGUCUAAUGAAAGUCAAAGUAGUUUCUUUGACUUGACCUCUAAAUAUGAGAAAAAAGUUUGCUUAAUUGGCCCUGAACCAAUCCUUAAUUUUUAUGGUGAUAAUUUGCCUGAGACAAUAGACAAAAAAACAAAAUUUCAUAAAAAUAAAAUCAUUAAAGAAACUUUAAAUAAUAUGGAUAACUUUAAUCUAACAAUAAGUCAUGUUGAAUUUAAUACAAAUGAAGAGUCUGAUUGGAUAAAUGAAUUAAAUGAGCUUGUUAAACUUGUAUUUGAUAAUUGCUCUGCUAGAACUAUGUUCAUGGUAUUUAUUUCUGGUAAAGAUAUGAUAAAUUUCCAAGAUAUUGUUAGUGGAAUGUUUAUGGCUACUGUGAAAAAGAGUUAAACAUAAUUUUUACCUUAAAAUUGUUUCUUAAUUGUUUGUCUUAGAUUUAUAUUGAAAAUCAUGAACUUUAUUGUCAUAAAUGUAGAAUUAUUUAUGCCUUAUUUGAAUUUAAAAAUACAGUGUUCUCCCUUAGUGUUUUUAGAAGGGCGGUUUGCCCUGCCGGCACUUUGAUCCUUAUAAAUUCACCAUCUUUGUCCUUUUUGUAAAAAUAAGCCGCCCAUCCAUUAAAAACGCUGCCUUUUUAUUUACAUUCCAAUUUUAUAAAAGUUAAUUCUCUGUUUUAAUAAUUACGCACUGUUAAAUAAUCUGUGUUUAUGGGUUUAAUUCUGAUUACAAUUACAAGUAUUUACUUUGUUAGGAUUAUUUUCGACUCUAAAUUUUUAUACGAGUUUUUCAGGUGAAAUAUUAAUAAAUUUCUUCAUUUUUAAUAACUUGGUUUUUAAAAAGUAAUGCAAUUUUAAAUCUUUAUUUUCUCACAAUUUUCAGUUUAAAUUGCAUUAAAAUCUCUCAAGUUUAUCAAUAAUUUUUUUAAAAAAAUUGUGUCCAAAUAUUAUCUAUUAGCAGGCUUUAAUUAUUUUUAUAAAAUGUAAAAUUUUCUCUUAUUCUGAUAAUGAGAGAGAAUUAUGUUUUGAAAUAUACAACAUAUAAAAUUGUAUAAGAGGAUAAUUUAAAAAUUGUUGAGGAUCAAAUUCAGUUAUUAUAUAGUACUACACAUUUUAAUAAAUUUUUACUGUUUCAAAAUUUGUAGUGUCCAUUUUUAUUCCUAGGGAGAACUCUGAAAAUAUGUUUAAGAACUAGGUAUAAUUUGAAAUAUACUAAAUUAAUGACUGAUUUUGUAUUUGCAUUUUCAGGUGUUUCUUUUCUUGGAAUUGUUUUUUUUUAUUUCUAUAUUUUUUUUAUAUCUACAAAUAGCUUAUAAUAAUUUCUCAACCACCAUCUGUCAUUGAUUUAUCUGGCUAUUAAU